UCCCCCACCUGCGCCUCAACCCCCGAGCAGCACAAUUCCGUGACAUCGACUUCCCUGAAGAAACGAGGCUCCAUGCCGAGGAGUAAAAGCGAGGAGCGAGUGAUGGACCAAGUCAUGGAGCGCCACUACGACCUGGACCUCACCUACAUCACCGAGAGGAUCAUCUCCGUCUUCUUCAUGCCCGAGCUGGAGGAGCCGCGCUAUGGCAGCCAUUUGCAGGAGAUGGCGUCCAUGCUGAAAUCCAAGCACCAAGACAAGUUCCUGCUGUUGAAUUUAUCGGAGAAGAGACACGACAUCACCAGACUCAACCCGAAGGUCCAAGACUUGGGCUGGCCUGACCUUCACGCUCCGCCUCUGGACGGGAUCUGUAGCGUGUGUAAGACCAUGGAGACCUGGCUGGGCGCUGACCCUCACAACGUGGUGGUCCUCCACUGUAAGGGUCACCCAGGGAAGACGGCCGUGAUUGUGGCAGCUUUCAUGCACUACAACAGGAUCUCAGCAGGUGUGGACCAGGCCCUCACCACCUUGGCCAUGAGGAAGUUCUGUGAGGACAAAGUUUCAUCUUCCCUGCAGCCCUCUCAGAGAAGGUACAUCUACUACUUUGCUGGUCUGCUGUCAGGCACCAUCAAGAUGAACAGCAGUCCUCUGUUCCUGCACCACAUCCUCAUUCCAUCCCUGACCAAUUUUCAGACAGGAGGAGGUUACUUUCCCUUUGUAAAGAUCUACCAGUCACUGCAGCUGAUCUACACCUCCUGUGUCUACAACCCUCAGUCUUCUCGGGCAAGAAAGUUGUGCGUGACAAUGGAACCUGCGUUGUUGCUGAAGGGGGACAUUAUGGUGAAGUGCUAUCAUCGACGCAGCCAAGCAGCAGAGAGGGAGGUGGUGUUCAGGAUCCAGUUCCACACCUGCACCAUCCAUGGAGCCCAGCUCUGGUUUGGCAAGAAUGAACUGGACGUCGCCUGCUCAGAUGACAGGUUCCCCCUUGAUGCUGCCGUGGAGUUUAUCUUCUCCAGCGGGCCGGAAAAAUUAAACGAAGACCAGAAGCCGGAUGCCUCGGUCAAAGUGGACGACAACACCUCAGAUCCAGUGGUCAGAUGGGAUUCUUAUGAGAACUUUCACCUUCACCACCAAGACAGCACAGAAAAUAUCUCUCACACAAGAGGCCCUGUGGAUGGCAGUCUGUACGCCCAGGUGAGAAAGCGACGCGGAGCAAGCCGCACCUCCUCGGCCAACGGUUGCCUCGCCCGCAGCCCCACGGUCGAGCCUCUCGGCGGGACGUCCGGCCGCGUCCCCGGUGACCGUCCAGAGAACCCCACCGCCCCCGCGGCUCACCCCGAAAGAAAGAACGCUGAAUGUCCGAUGGCGAAGACCAGGCAGAAAUUGGGAGGGCGAGAAAAGGAGAGAGAGACGGAGGUUUUAGAAGGUGGAGACCUGUCAAGUGUGGGAGGACUAAGGCGAGAACACAGGUGUGGUCCCAGGUGUGGAGGUGUGGCCCAGGGGGAGCCCUGCCCGUCUAACAGUCACUGUGCAGGAUGUCUGAACGCUGGCAAAAACAGUCAAACCUUUCCCGCAGUGCCUUUGGAACCCAUCUCCCCUCCGCCUCACCUGACCCGCCUGGACCUCUGUCAUCGCCACAGUCUCCACCCUUUGCCGGAGUUACCAUGGCAACGCUCUCUGUCCUGCCUCCAUGGACCCUGCUACCCUUACUCCCCUCCUGAACUGCCGCAUCCACACAGCCACACCCUGCCGGCCCCCGGCAGACACGAAGAACGCCAAGUCUUCCAUUGUUCCGGCCAAGCCCCGCCCACUCACGUCUCCCACCAAGCGCUGCCUUCCGGCCCGUACCGAGAGAUGUUCUUCGGCCCUCCGUCCCCCGGCUGUCCCUGCCGGGAGUGUUCCGGCAGGCGGGAGCACCAGGUGAGAGCGUUCCACCCGAUGCAUCCGGAACAGGCGGCGGCGUUGUGGGAAAGCAGAAGUCCUGACUUUUGGCAAUCAGCCAUGCCGCCAUUCCACAUCUGCCACGCUGCCACCUUGGACCAGGGUGCAAACCCUGAGCAGCCACGGUUCUUUCUUGGACCUCGGCAGAGCUUUCCCAGCCCACAGUGUCUGGUGGACAUGCGGGACGGUGCGAGCAGUGGGUACCACACGCCUCCACUCCCACGCCAGUCUUGCCCUUGUUCUCCUCACCAGGCAUCGCCUGUGGAGAGCCACGAGAGUCGAGGUUACCUCUCUUGGUUGCCUGCCAGCAGCCCCUCGCCUGGGAGAGGCGGACUUCCAGAGACCCCUCUGGGGUGUGGAGACCAGCAGAAUCCUGAUCUCAAAGAGAGGUCCAAACCCAGUGCAGAGGUUGACUUGUCUCAGGGUUCAAAGGGAAAACCUGACCGCUCCAGCACCCAGACUCUGGACUCUGACCACGACUACACACUUAUCAGCCCCCCGCACACAGAAGACAGUGUCAAUGCUGCUACCACUCCAAGUCCAGCAGCCAAGACAGAAGUGGGAAGUUCCAACAUCACCCAGCCUUCAAGGUCACCGUCUGAUGCAAAGGUCAAAGGAAGCGAAGAGGACACCGACCGAUCUCAGAGUACCACUAUUAUCAUCACCCCCGUCCAAGACCAAGUCAGGGGCUCAGAUCUUCCAUGCGAGGACCCAGCGGAGAACAUGAGAAGUGUCAACCUUUCAGCCAGUACCAGUCCUGGGUCUUCCAACACCACCCCAAACCAUCAUUCCUCCACAAAGCGCUCACUGUCGGCUCCAGAGCCCCCGGGAAGUAGACCGAGCCCGGGAAGUAGACAGAGCCCUGAAAGAGACGACAUCAAGCCGCCGUCGCCCACUCCCGACGGCUAUCACACGCCCACGUUCCCUACGGCGUCCUACUACGUGCUGAGCGUGCCCCAGAUGCCGUACACCGGCUACACCGCAGUCACCAUCCAGCCGCCACUCCCUGAGAAGAAACGACUUUCUUCAACGCCGGGACCCCUCAACGGGCACGCCUCGCUUCCCGUCCCUUCACCCACGCACAACGCCACUUUGUCUCCCUCUGCUGGAGAGCUGAGGAAGUUUAGCAGCAGGGAGGACGUGGGGGUCAACGGCAAGUUUGUCCAAGAUGGCUCCAAGUUCUGGUACAAAGCCAGGAUCUCUCGAGACCAAGCCAUUGCAGCGCUGAAGGACAAGGAACCAGGAACCUUCCUCAUCAGAGACAGUACCUCCUUCCAAGGCGCGUAUGGGCUGGCCCUCAAGGUAGCCACACCUCCUGCUAGUGCCAACGCCACAGGUAGCAAAGCAGAUGUCCAGGAACAGCUGGUCAGACACUUCCUCAUCGAGACAGGGCCCCGGGGGGUCAAGAUCAAGGGUUGUCAGAACGAGUCCUACUUUGGGAGUCUGUCCGCCCUGGUGUACCAGCACUCCAUCACACCCAUCUCUCUGCCCUGUGCCCUCCGUGUCCCAGAGAGAGAUCUGCUUGGCGAGCUGCAGGAGACGCGGACCGCAACAAACGCGAGCACGGCGGCGGACCUCCUCAAACAGGGAGCAGCCUGCAGCGUCCUCUACCUGAACUCUGUGGAGACGGAGUCCUUAACGGGGCCCGAGGCCGUCUCCAAGGCCACCAAGUGCACCCUGGCUCUGAGUCCGCGUCCGUCUGCGACCGUGGUCCAUUUCAAGGUUUCUUGUCAGGGCAUCACUCUGACGGACAGCAAGAGGAGGUUGUUUUUCAGGAGGCACUACCCCAUCAGCAGUGUCACCUUCAGCAGUCUGGACCCCCAAGACCAGAGGUGGACUAAGUAUGCUCGCAGCAAGAUGUUUGGCUUCGUGGCCCGGCGGACCAGCAGCAGCACGGAGAACGUGUGUCACCUUUUUGCCGAGAUGGACCCGGAGCAACCGGCCGUGGCCAUCGUCAAUUUCAUCAACAAGGUCAUGUUGGGGCCGCAGCUACGCAGAUGAUGCUAAAGUGCUAAAGUGUAAUUAUGGCAAAACAGGCAAAAGUGUCACAUGACCUGACUGCUUUUGAUUGAUCUUCCCUGUCUUGAAGUGCACUACUUGGAUCCACCAGCAGGGGUGCUGAUGAUUCAAUACUUUGUUUUGUUACAAAGGAUUUACUUGCUGCGCAACCAAAGAAUACAACACAUAUUUCAAGGAAAUUGUUAUUACCUUAUUUUUCAGAACAUAAGGCGCAUUAAAGGGGACAUAUUAUGAUUUAUUUCUACAUGCAAAAGACUUCCUUGUGGUCUACAUAACAUGUAAUGGUGGUUCUUUGCUCAAAAUGUUGCAUAGAUGAUGUUUUAUACAUCAUCUUCAAGUCGCUUUCUGACAGUCUCUUCAGGUCUUAUUGAUGUGCCUCCACUUUGACAGCGACUUCAUCUUUGGAGUGCCGGUAGUUUUUAGCACUUCCAUAGCGAGUCUACCGACAGAUAUAAGUUUGAACUGUACGCUACUUUUUAAUUAGAAAUGGCAACAGCGUGGGAUGAAUGUCCCACAACGAGACAAUAGAGAAAUGAUUGACUGUGGCGGACGUGUGCAAAUUUUCAGGACUUAUGCAGAUCUCAAAUGCACAUCAGCAGGUACCAGAAGGUAAGAAAAGUUGGUUUUGCAUAAUAUUAUGAAACAAAACGCCAGAUAAUGUCUGCUAAUAGGUGCUAUUUUGCGGUCCCUAUACACACAGCAUAAUAAUACUGUAUGUUGAAGCACAGUACGUCUGACUAUGGUAGACGUACUGCUCUGCGUUCCAUCAAGCGGUGCAACCUCAUAGCUUACCAAAGUCGUACUAAAACAUUCUGACAUAUUUUUGAGCGCCAUGUGUAAUGUGCUAUAUUCUCAAUGAAACAUCAGAGUUUUGGGUGUUGCUUGCUCUCGUCAUUUAUUGGCCAGGCGUCAACCUGCAGUCCACACGUAUCUCAUAUGUGUGACUGCCAUCUACCGGUCACACUCAUCAUUACACCAUGUACCAUGAAAAAUUGGUUUGAGGUCAAUAAACACAGCCAGAAUUAAUACGUGCAUAAGGCGCAUCAAAGUUUCGGUGUUGCUUGCUAGCGUCAUUUAUUGAACAGGCGUCCACUUGCAGUCCACACAUAUCUCUUAUGUGUGACUGCCAUCUAUUGGUCACACUCGUCAUUACACCAUGUACCAUGAAAAAUUGGUUUGAGGUCAAUAAGCACAACCAGAAUUAAUACAUGCAUAAGGCGCAUCAAAGUUUCAGUGUUGCUUGCUAGCGUCAUUUAUUGAACAGGCGUCCACCUGCAGUCCACACGUAUCCCUUAUGUGUGACUGCCAUCUACUGGUCACACUCAUCAUUACACCAUGUAUCAUGAAAAAUUGAUUCGAGGUCAAUAAGCACAACCAGAAUUUAUACGUACAUAAGGGAUUUUAAGUGCGCCUUACAUAACCUCUUAUAUGAUAUUUGCACCCUCUAUGAAGCGGUGUCCUGAGUGCAGAUAAACACAAAUUUAAGGUUCUUGUUAGGUUUGAGGUCUGUGCUCUAAGAGUUGCAGUGAAUGUGCGGUCUCUAUUUAACUAGCUCUCUAUUUAAUGCGUCUAAUGACCACUAACUAUUGGAAGCAUAUUUCAGCCAGCAUAAUUGCAUCGUGCAUCAGCUGACGAAGUAAACAGCUACAUCAUUGUGUACUGACAUGGUGGCAUGUUUCUAAUAACUCACAGGAGAAAACAAUGUUUCAAUACUUUCAGCCGGAGGCAGAAUGUCUAAGGGAGCAAAUAUGAAUGUGAAAAGUUGCAGGAACAAAUCCAAGACAGAACAUCAAUAUUCAUUUGUGUGCAGCGAGAAGAGCGCAUGCCCCACAUUGCACCGUGGAAAUGUUGACGGGUCAGGUUGGUUUCUACUGACUGGUCAGGUGGUUUUAAUUGACUAGUCAGGUGGUUUCUACUGCUCACUAAAUCAAGCCAAAGAUAUUUUUAGGUUUGACUUGUUUUUUGUUUGUUUUGCUUGUUGUCACUUUUGUUUUUUAUAUCAACCUUGAUAGAUUGACUUCAUAAUGUUUGUAUGAGAAGUAAUAUAUUUUAUGAAGAAGAAUUGUAUGAAAUAAAAAGUAUGACACAAAAAACGACGU